AUGUGUCAACGUUGUGGAGCUAUUCUUGAGCAUCCUUAUAUAGUUAAUCUAAAGGCUAUAGGUAAAGUGCAAUAUCAUGGCACCUCGACAAUGCAGAAACAUUUAAAGACGGCGGGAUGUUUGAAGAGUGAGCAAGGAAAGAGAGCAGAGAUUACAAAAUUUCUAAAGAAAGGGGAAGAAGAUAUCCUACAAUUCAUUACACUUAACCGACUUCCACUUCAUCUAAUUGAGCAUCCGGCAUUUCAGCGUCUUAUUUCUCGGGCUCGUUGUGCCCCGUUACCUCCGAUCAUUCCCUCUGCUGAUACAAUCCGUCGCCGAUUAGGGAGUAUUGUUAAAGAUCGCUACUUUGUUGAUAUUGAUUGGGUCUACCGUGAGGUACUACUUAGGUUCAAACCUCUCUAUGGUGCGUAUAUAGGUGCGAACCUAAGCAAUGUUCUUCUUGAAACUCUAACAGAUCAUGACCUUGAAGCCCAAGUAUUCGGGUUAACAACGGACAAUGCAUCUAAUAAUAAGACAUUGUUUGAUUCUCUCUAA